AUAGAAAUUGCAGCUUCCCUUAACGAUAUAACAACUGCCCUCUCUUCGAUCUGUCUUUUGUUUUUGUUAUUUAUUUAUUGCUGUACAUAUAUUUUCACCAUCAUAGUCUCUUGUUCCUCGGAUCCUUUAAUCCGAAACCAAAAAUCCACAUGCUAUAAUCAGUUAUUUUGUAUAUCCGAGGGAGUGAAGAAGUAAAGAUGGUGAAGCUAACAAUGAUCGCGCGUGUUACUGAUGGACUUCCGCUAGCAGAGGGACUGGAUGAUGGUCGUGAUGUGAAAGAUGCUGAAAUGUACAAACAGCAGGUCAAGGCACUUUUCAAGAACCUUGCAUCUGGCCACAAUGACGCAUCGAGGAUGUCCGUUGAAACGGGUCCUUAUGUUUUCCAUUAUAUCAUUGAAGGACGUGUUUGUUACCUUACUAUGUGUGACCGCUCUUAUCCUAAGAAACUUGCCUUUCAAUACCUGGAAGACCUUAAGAAUGAAUUUGAACGUGUCAAUGGGGCUCAAAUUGAAACUGCUGCUAGACCAUAUGCCUUCAUUAAAUUUGACACUUUCAUACAGAAAACAAAGAAAUUGUAUCAGGACACCCGCACCCAGCGGAAUGUUGCAAAGUUGAAUGAUGAGCUGUAUGAAGUCCACCAAAUAAUGACUCGCAAUGUGCAGGAAGUUUUGGGUGUUGGUGAAAAGCUGGACCAGGUCAGUCAAAUGUCAAGUCGGUUAACAUCAGAAUCUCGCAUUUAUGCUGAAAAGGCAAGAGAUUUGAAUCGACAGGCCUUGAUUCGAAAAUGGGCCCCUGUUGCUAUUGUGCUAGGAGUUGUCUUCCUCCUCUUUUGGGUUAAAACAAAGCUCUGGUGAUCCAAUGGCCUUCUGUGGUUUCUGAGAAAUGUUGCAUAUUUUUCCUGGGUUUCUCUGCGUUGCAGUCUGUUGCCUGUGUUCGUGGUGCAAGUUCAAACUUCAGAGACUUCAUAUUGUGGACUGGACACGCACAUGAAGGCCUAAUGUUUCAAAGUGGACUCUAGUUUUCGCUCAUGACACGCUAGUUAAAAGGACUCUAGUUCUUUAUGUACACAUCUGAACAAAAUAUGGAAAUGUGAAAGAGAAACCCUUUAUCGUACAAUUAGGGAAGGAUCAAAUAUAUUGGAUUAAAUUCGAGGAUCUUCCGAAUUCUCGACACUUUAUAGAGGCCUUAUAAAUAUCCA